AUGGGCAACGAGGCGAGCCUGGAGGGCGGCGGAGCCGAGGGGCAGCUGCCGCCCGGCGCCGCCGCCGGGCCCCCUCCGCCGCCCGGCACCGCCAAGCCGCCUUCAGCACCGGGCGGCGGCGGACAGCUCCCGGGGGAAAGAGUCAUGACGAGCUCGGGAGCUCGUGGAGGAGGGGGAGAGUGCAGCGUGACCCGCCUUGGGGACAGGCACGGGAGAGGGGACACUGUGACCAAGGCAGGGAGCCUUAGCCCGAGCCAGGAGGCAGCUGGUGCUUCGUGGAAGUGGGCGAAAGGCAGCACACCAAGAAGACCAGACCAACUGGAUCACCUAGCUGGACAGAGAUCGGCUUCUCCCUCCCUUACACAGGCUGCUCAGAGCUCGGAAAGCACCAGAGAGAUGAGGAGUCACGGUCAGGCCGGUCAACAGGCAGAUGGACCUAGAAGGACGCUGCAGGUGGACAGCAGAAGUCAGAGAUCAGGAAGAUCUCCCUCUGUGUCGCCAGAUCGAGGCAGCACCCCUACCUCACCUUAUUCUGUUCCUCAGAUCGCACCCCUUCCGAGCAGCACUCUCUGCCCUAUAUGCAAGACAACAGAACUCAUCUCCUCCCCUAAUCAGCCAAACUUCAACGCCUGUACACAGUGUCACAACAAAGUCUGCAACCAGUGUGGAUUCAACCCCAACCCUCAUCUUACUGAGGUGAAAGAAUGGUUGUGUUUGAACUGCCAGAUGCAGAGAGCAUUGGGGAUGGAUAUGACCACGGCUCCUCGCUCCAAAAGCCAGCAGCAGCUACAUUCUCCUUCACUGUCUCCAUCCCACUCCCCCGCCAAACAAGCCCAGCCUCAGCCCCAGGUCACGGCGGGCCAGGAAAAGCCCCCUGGAACUAUGCAGCCAAGCGCCAGGCAAGCUACACCGCAGAGGGAACAACACAGCCAAGGCCAGCCAAAACCUGCUGCUCCUCAGGAAGUGGUGAGGUCUUCCCCUCAGCAUCAACAAGCAAAGCCUUCUUCUGACCAGAGAAAGACUGUGGGAGACUCCCCAGCAAAACCUGCAGCUCCAACCCCCAGUGCUGGUGCACAAGAACAACCCCAGGAGGGUCUCACGGGGAAGCUCUUUGGCUUUGGAGCUUCUCUCUUGACCCAGGCAAGCACACUUAUGUCUGUCCAGCCAGAGGCCCCCCCUCCAAGUCAGCAGUCUUCUGGCAAAGUGCCUCCAAAAAUUGUCUUCAGUGAUGCCAGCAAAGAAGCUGGUCUUAAAGCCCCAGGUGCUUCACCUGGGACACAGGGUAGGGCUGGGACUGCACCAGCUGCAAAGCAAGGAAAGCCGGAGCAAGUUGUCAAGCCAAAGGAAGUGCCGAAAGAAAGGGUCUUGUGCCCCCUCUGUAAAGCAGAGCUCAAUGUGGGCUCCAGUGAACCCUCCAACUACAAUACCUGCACGACCUGUAGGCAGCAGGUUUGCAACAUGUGUGGCUUCAACCCAACACCUCAUCUGGUGGAGAAAAAUGAAUGGCUGUGUUUGAACUGCCAAACUCAGAGACUGCUAGAAGGGAGCCUGGGAGACCCUGCCCCAAUGCCACUGCCUACCCCAAAGCAAACGCCAACGGGCUCCCCGCGGCACCAACCAUCAGGAAGCGGCCAGCAGCAAAGGGUGCCGGCGCCGGCCACCGCACCGCAGGCAGAGCCGGUGGCUCCCCCCGACAGGCACCCUUCGCCCGCGAGGAAUCUCAGGGCUCCAGAGCAGAGCAGGACCCCAAGCACUGCCCAGGAGAAGAAGGCCCCUGCUCCAGCAGAAGAAAAGCCACUGCCGAAACUUCCCACUCAGCCUUCCAAAGUCCCUGAAAGUGCAACGCCAAAAGGGAAAAGCAUGACAACAAAACCAGAGGUGGAGAGCAAGGAGAGCCGAGCACCUGCUGAGGCUCAGAGGGCAAAGGAGCAGGAGGUGAGUGCCCUCAAGCCUUAUCCCCCCGACCUAUCUCGCAGCCCCCAGAGCUUGAGCGACACUGGUUACUCAUCUGAUGGCAUCUCCAGCUCCCAGAGUGAGAUUACAGGCCUGGUGCAGCAGGAGGAGGAGAAGCUGAAUGGCACUGGCCUGGCAGAGCAGAGCCCUCCCAGCCCCUCCGAGCUCACCAAGCUGGAGAGCAGCAUGCGGCCCCUCCUAGAGGCCAGGGGCACCUCUCAGGAGCCCAGUGACCGUGGGAAGGGAUAUCCCGAAGUACGUGAAGAACAGCGGCAGCGGCAGAGGCCACGGUACCUCUCCAUCACCCCUGAAGCCUUUGAUUCUGAUGAGGAACUGGAAGACAUCCUGGAAGAGGAUGAAGAUUCCUUGGAGUGGGAGAACCAGCGGGACCAGAGGGAGAGCAUGGAGUCAUCAGAUGAGUUUGGCAGCAAGCUGCGCCAUGACUUCGUAGAGGACAGCAGUGAAGGAGGCUUCUCUCCAGUGCCGGGCAGGCCCAAAGACAAGGAAGCAGAGGUGACAGAUGAGGAGUUCAUGAGAAGGCAGAUCCUGGAGAUGAGCGCAGAGGAGGACAAUCUUGAGGAGGAAGAGGAGGACUACAAUCACGUUAAAUACAGCAUCACCAAAACUGGGCAGAAGUCUGACAUGGAGAAGAGCAAAGAGUCUCCCUCAGCCAAGCGGCGCCUGUCACACAGCUCCAGCGGCCUGUACAAGGAGGAGAGGAAAGAGCUGGAUGCAGCAGAAGGUGAUGACAUGAGCACGGCCCAAGGGGGACUGAGGCGCUUCAAGACUAUUGAGCUAAACAGUACAAACAGCUACAGCAGAGACAUGGAGAUCAACCAGGACACAGACACCAGCCUGGACAGGGAGCCUGAGCUGGAGAUGGAGAGUCUGACGGGCUCCCCAGAGGAACGGUCCAGGGGUGAGUAUUCUACCUCCACCCUGCCAGCCACAACGCCCAGCUACACUUCAGGCACCUCUCCCACAUCCAUCUCCUCCCUGGAGGAGGACAGUGACAGCAGCCCCAGUCGCAGGCAGAGGCUGGAGGAGGUGAAGCAGCAGAGGAAGGCUCGCCAUCGCUCGCAUGGCCCUUUGCUGCCCACCAUCGAGGACUCGUCUGAGGAGGAGGAGCUGCGGGAGGAAGAGGAGCUCUUGCGGGAACAGGAGAAGAUGCGAGAAGUGGAGCAGCAGCGCAUCCGAAGCACCGCACGCAAAACCAAGCGUGACAAGGAGGAGCUGAGGGCCCAGCGGAGGAGAGAACGCUCCAAAACUCCCCCCAGCAACCUCUCUCCCAUUGAGGAUGCCUCCCCCACGGAGGAGCUGCGGCAGGCAGCAGAGAUGGAGGAGCUGCACCGGUCCUCCUGCUCCGAGUACUCGCCCUCCAUCGACUCAGAGGCUGAGAGCUUCGACGUCAUGGCCUCCAAGCUGUACAAGUCUGGCAGUGAAUACAACCUGCCAACCUUCAUGUCACUGUACUCCCCGACAGAAAAGACAGAGAGCAGCUCCAGUCAGCCUGCCAGCAAGCCUCUCAAAAGUGCUGAAGAAGCCUAUGAGGAGAUGAUGAGGAAGGCAGAAAUGAUGCAGAAGCAGCAAGUCCAGCAGUCCCAGCAGGGUGCUUCUUACAGCAGCACGUACCAGCAGGUUGGAUACCGCAGCACAGAGGGCCAGACCGGUUUUGAGUACCAGUACAUAGAUGAGUACAGGUACGAUGGCAGCACCAUGCACCCCUCACAACCUGACUAUCAGAGUGAUCUCUCGAAGCCGGGUGCGGUGUACGAGGAAAUCCUGCAGACAUCACAGAACAUUUCCAGAAUGCACCAGUCCUCCUCAUUUGACUUGGCUCUGGAACAGGAAGAAAAAAAGAAAGGACAAGAAGACGUGUAUCAAGAGAAGCACUUCCUGAAUGCCGAGAGUGCAUAUGCUGACCUGAUGAAGCAGAACGGUGGCCCUCUCACCCCUGGGACAAGCCCCACGCAGCUCUCAGCUCCCGUCUCCUUUUCAGCCUCUGAAGGCAGCACAGGCAAGGUCAUUCCUGAUGUCCGUGUCACCCAGCAUUUUGCAAAAGAGGGACAAGACCUUGCCAAGUUGCACAGCACCACGGCAGCACCCAGCCCGGUUUCCAAGGCUAUCACAGCUCCUUACACCUACAGCAAAGGUGCCAGCACAGUCACAACAGUGGUUGCCAGCGCAGCAAGUGCACCACGAAUCUACAGCUCUCCAGCUGCGAGUGGCACAGAACCAACAUCCAUAUCGGCCAGAAGUUAUGGUCCAACAAAGAGCUCUGUAAGUUACAGCUCUCAAACAGAGGACAUCUGCCGAAGCAAGAGUGCUGUCGAGAUCAGCGUGCAAACGGCCAGAGAGAAACUGCAAGCUGCGAGUGACAGCAAGCCAAUGCCACACAAGAUGUACCCUUUCUUCAAAAGCUCAAGCCCUCCACUCUCUCCUACUUCUCCUACUCAGAGUCCCACUCACACUGUCCCAAGAGCAGCAAUGCCUUCUGGCCCAGGGCUGGGAACAAAGUCGACAGCAGAAUUUUCCACCCAAACACAAAGUCCCCUUGUCUCCUAUGAUAUCCCCACUACCACUGGCAUCUUGACAUCUUCCCCCAUGGUAGCUCAAGGAACGCAGACCCCACACCACGCAAGCUCACCUCGCCUCACUCGGCAGCAGUCCUCUCAAGAUGCUCCAUUCAUGCUGAUCACGCUAGCAGCCAAUGCAUCUAGCCAAACAAAGCCAGUGAGCAUCAGCUCCUCCACUUCCCCUGCCACGUCUCCCACCAGGCUGGGCCGGCAGCAGACAGUGCAUAGCUACAGCCAGACGUUUGAGCAGGAGCUGCAAGGCGCUUAUAUCAAGGCGCAGCCUGUGAAAGAGCAAGCCUCAGCCAUCCAGAAAGUGCCCACCGCUUCGGCUGUAGACAGCGCUGCAGGGCUAUAUGCCUGGGGAGCACUCCCUGCAGAAAACAUCUCCUUGUGCAGGAUCUCCUCUGUCCCUGGGACAUCUCGGGUAGAACCAGGUCCCAAGGCACCAAGCACUAAUGCUGUAGACUUACGGACUGCUAUAAAGUCAGCCCCUAUCAUCAUAACAGACCAAGGCAUGGAUCUCACUUCCUUGGCUACAGAGACUAGGAAAUAUUGCCUCACUUUGGACCAAAUCCCAAACAGACAGUCCACGGCAAUCCAACCCUUAAUCAUUAACCUCAAUGCCCAAGAGCAGCCCCAUGCAGUCAUAGCUGCGGCCAGCACUGCCAGUGUCGCCAUUGCCUCUCCAAUGCUCAUCUCGCAGCCAAAGCAGCCCGUGGUCUACGGAGACCCUUUCCAGAACAGGAUGGACUUCGGGCAAGGGGCUGGGAGCCCAGUAUGCUUGGCGCAAGUGAAGCAAGUGGAGCAGGGCGUGCAGACAGCCACCUUCAGGGGAAGCGGGGCUGCUGCUCCCACACCUGCGGGGAAACCUGAAGCCGCAGCUCCUCAGCAGGCAAAGUUUGCAAGGUACAGUUUGCCCAGCCAAAUGGCACCUAUGGUGAAGAAGGACAUGCUCAUCACACAGACCAGUAACGCGCAGAACGUGCUUAGUAUCAGCAGCAUCUCCCAGUCGUUUCCUCAGGACCAGAGCUCGGAGCUGUACCACACGGUACCAGUGGAGCUGAAAACCCAGAGCCCUCUCAUGGCGCUGGGAGGCAAGAAAUCCCAAGUGAUGAUGGUGCAGAUGGAAGAUGUAGCAGCCGGCCCAGUAACCAAAGUGGUCAAAGAAGAGCCUUCAGCCAAUGUGCUGGACCUCACCGGCAUGAAGUCGGAGAGCCAGGUGGCCUGCUGUGAUGUGGUCUACAAGUUUCCUUUUGGCAGCAGCUGCACUGGAGCUUUCAACCCCUCUUCCAAGAUGCCGGAGAAGAAAGCCGGGGAUGCGGUGCCGAGCAGGAAACCCAGUGGCACCUACUAUGGAAGCAAAGAGCCAGACCUGUCCGAGGCAUUCCCAUACCGAGAGCAGCCGGCUCCAGCUCCUGCACCUGCACUCUAUGAGGAGCAGAAGUUUUACCCCGCUGGCAUGUUUGGGAGGCUCUAUUCAUCCAUGUCAGACACGAACCUGUCUGAAAUUGGGAUGAACUACUACCCUGUGAAGGGGGAUCAGCCCUUCCACUCCCCUGCCAGUGAUGCUGCUGUGGAUUUGACCACAAUGAAGCAUUCCUACAGCAUCAGCUUCACCGAAGGGGGAUACCUGGGCCACGGGAUGCAGUAUGGCUCUUUCUCCGACCUCCGCCAGCCCUCGGAUUUGCUGAGCCACCCACUUCCGAUGAGAAGGUACAGCUCAGCAUCUAACAUCUACUCUGACUACCGGUACUCCCCUAGAGGGGACCUGGCAAAUUUCCAGGAGUCCAGCCUGGCCCACUACAGUGCCACAACCGCUCGUGAGAUCAGCCGCAUGUGUGCGGCACUCAAUUCGAUGGACCAGUACGGGGGCAGGCAUGCCAAUGGCCCGGAGCUCCUGCAGUAUGGCCCUAAUGCUCUCGGUGCUGGACAAGCAGGAGGAGGUGGUAUCUCAGCCCAACAGGGUGUCGCGCCCAUGAAACCGAACGUGAUGUACAACCCCAAUUUCCCCGAGACGCGCCAGGCUUUUGGCAACCUUGCACAGUACAAUAUUUCCAAUGUCCGUCUGGGAGCUGUACGGCAGAUAUUCCCUUCCUCCGCAACUGUGCGGGCCGCAGAUGGUAUGAUUUAUUCAACCAUAAACACUCCGAUAGCGUCGACACUGCCCAUCACUACACAGCCGGCCUCGGUGCUCCGGCCCAUGCUUCGUGGGCUGUACAGACCCUACGCCCCGGGCAGCAUCACAGCGGUGCCUCUGGCCAGCCUGACCAGAGUGCCAGUAGUCACUCCCCGCAUGCCACUAGCAACCCAAAGCUUCUAUCGCUACCCAGCUCCUGUCCGCUUCCCAACCAUGUCUGCGCCGUCGGUGAUGGAGACACCCAUGUACCUGGGGAAACCUGUCAGCACUGUCGCAGCCAGCACAGCCGCAGGUGCCGUGAGCACAGGGCCUGCUGCCAAAGCUCCCAUUGCCCCUGCAGCAGGGCCGCAGAGAGCAGAACCACCCAGGGCUGCCCCCUGCGAUGAGGGGUCCGUGGUGGCCGCCAAGGAGAGCGGCCAGCCGGCACCGGCAGCGCCUGCUACUCCGAAGCAGGUGGCAGAGGGAGUUCAGCCUGGUGGGCCAGGUCGGGAGGAGAGGGAGCGUGAGGAGGAGCGCCAGCGGAAGCAGCAGGAGCACGUGCUGCAGCUGGAGAGGGAGCGUGUGGAGCUGGAGAAACUGAGGCAGCUGCGGCUGCAGGAGGAACUGGAACGGGAGCGUGUGGAGCUGCAGCGGCACCGGGAGAAGGAGCAGCUGCUGGUGCAUCGGGAGCUGCAGGAGCUACAGUCCAUCAAGCACCAAGUGCUGCAGCAGCAGCAGGAGGAGCGCCACGCACAGCUGGCACUGCAACGCGAGCAGCUGGCCCAGCAGCGCCUGCAGCUGGAGCAGAUCCAGCAGCUGCAGCAGCAGCUGCAGCAACAACUGGAGGAGCAGAAGAGGCAGAAAAGCGCCUUCCCCACAGCUGGUGAGCCCCCCAGCAGGGCGCCCCCAGGGCCCGAGGGACCUACUGAGAUGCAGAGGAGCCUGGCGCAGAAUGGGCAGUUCUGGCCCCCACCGAGCCAGGUCUUCGUGGGUGCCCCAGGCGCCGGGCAGGAGUGCCCCGCUGGCCCUCGUUACCCCGGGCUCCAGCGACCGCUCACCAGCUCUGCCUCAGACAUGUCUCUGCAGGCUGAAGAGCCCUGGGAGCCCAGCCGGGGCAUGAAGAAGAGAAAUUCGAUGCCGCGGCUACGGGAUGCCUACGACAAGGAGGUCGUAGUGAAGAAGAUCACAGACAGCAGCGUGCAGACGGACGAGGAGGAUGGUGAGGAGCGCUACCUUCUCUCGCGGCGCCGGCGGCCCCGCCGCAGCACCGACUGUAGCGUGCAGACGGACGAGGAGGACAGCGGGGAGUGGGAGCAGCCGGUGCGCCGGCGGCGCUCCCGGCCCUCGCGGCACACCGAUGCCAGCACCGAUGGCAAGCAGGACGGCGCCUCACGCGGCACAGCCAGCAUCGGCAUCCAGACCAUCAGUGACUGCUCCGUGCAGACGGAGCCCGACCAGCACCAUAGGGUCUCCCCUUCCAUCCAUAUCACCACCCACGACCCCCGCGUGGAGAUCGUGAAGUACAUCUCCGCCCCAGAGAAGACACAGCGGGGUGAGAGCCUCGCUUGCCAGACGGAGCCAGAGGCCCAGCCUCAGCCAGGCAUUGUGGUCCCCCAGCUCACAGUGCCGACUACCAUCACACCCUACUCCACCAACAUCCAGAUGGUGAGCACAGGGCCCCUGGACCCCCAUGCUGUCCGGCAGCAGGCCCUAGGCAAAUUUGAGAAGAAGAAGCCGGAUCCCCUGGAAAUUGGAUACCAGUCACAUUUGCCCACCGAUUCCCUCUCUCAGCUGGUGACCCGGCAGCCUCCCAGGUCUCCACAGGUCCUCUACUCGCCCGUGUCUCCCCUCUCCCCGCACCGCCUCCUCGAGUCUUCCUUUGCUACCAGCGAAAGGCUGAACAAGGCUCACGUCCCACCACAGAAGCACUUCACUGCUGACUCUGCUCAGCGCCAGCAGACUCUGCCACGUCCCAUCAAAACCAUGCAGCGAUCCUUGUCCGACCCCAAGCCCAUCAGCCCAACAUCUGAGGAAUCCGGGAAGGACAGGUUCUCCCUGUACCAGCAUCCGCUGCUCCCAGGCAGCCAGAUGGCCUCUUUGCAGUCGAGCCCGCUGACGCGCAAGGUGAAGCGCACGUUGCCCAGCCCACCACCCGAGGAGGCUCACCUGCCCCUGGCCAGCCAGGCUCACCCCCAGAUGUACCUGUCAAGCCUGGCACCAAAAGGCCUGGCCGGCCCUGCUGUGCAGGUCACCAAGGCCAGCCUGCUCAAGGACAUUGACCGUGACCUGAAGCUGGUGGAGCAUGAGUCCACAAAGCUGCGUAAGAAGCAAGCCGAGCUGGACGAGGAGGAGAAGGAGAUCGAUGCCAAGUUGAAAUACUUGGAGCUGGGAAUUACGCAGCGGAAGGAAUCUCUGCUGAAGGACAGGAGCGUGAGGGACUACCCCUACCUGAGGUGCCUGGGGGAGAACAGGGACUACAUGUCUGACAGUGAGCUCAACAACUUGCGCCUGUCCAGUUAUGACAGCGGGAGCUUGCUGACGCGGCCAAGCGCCACACCAGCAAACCAGUACACUGACUUUGCUGGUGCACCUUACACUUCUGCAUCCUCCUACAGCCCCUACCAGUACCCGGCAGGGCUGCCCACCCCCCAAGGCCCCACUGCCUUUCAGCAGACACGAUUGCAGCCUCCCCACUACCCCACAGUGAGCACCUCUCAAGACGGCUUCCAGGCUGCGCAGCUGCCUGCCUAUGCCUCACCGAGCACCUUCCAGGCCCAUGGUUUUGCCCCCAGCACCACCUACCAGGCGGACCUAGGUGUCCAGAGCCAGCAAGGUUUCCAGCCGCCCAAUCACUACCAAACCCAGACCACCUACCCCAAUGCCACAGCUGGGCCGUCAGCUCAAAACACGCUCUUCCAAACCCAGGCAGAUGUGCAUGCCCUGCACCAGAAGCCACGGCAAACCUCUCUUGCCGACUUGGAGCAAAAGAUCCCCACCAAUUACGAAAUCAUUGGUGGGCCCACAGUGGCCAUCUCUUCUACAGCCCCUGAAGUCGCCUUCAGCACCACGACGGUGACCAGCAGCUAUGACCAGUACAAGGCCCCUGAGGCUCGGCUGGCUGACAGAGCCAGUGUCACACAAAGCCCUUCAGCCAGUUACUCAUCAGAGUCCCUCUACACGAACCUGGAGCAGAGCAUUCCCCGUAACUAUGUGAUGAUCGAUGACAUUAGUGAGCUAACCAAAGAGAGCCCGGCAGGGGACAGCCAGAAAGUGGACCCACAGGGCCAGAGUGCUAACGGCCGCCACGGCAAAGAGAAGAGCGAGCUAGCGGAUCCUGAGAGUUCCAGCAGACCCUGCUGCUACUCCAAAGCGGAGGAAGAGUCUGAGGAGGACAUGUACGACCACCAUGGCGCUGACCAUCGAGGGAAGAACAGCUACCACAGAGGCCCAGAGAGCAAUGGCAAGAUGCCAGGGAGCUCUGGGGGUUCAUCCUACUACUACGGGGACAGUGACUAUCGUCAUCCCUCACGGGUGGACAAGCAUGGAUCUGGCAUGGCAAUGCCGAAGCAUUCUUCCAAAAACUUGGCUCCCGCCGUGGUCUCCUCAAAACGCAGCAAGCACAGGAAACAGGGCAUGGAGCAGAAGAUCUCAAAGUUCUCUCCCAUUGAAGAAGCCAAAGACGUGGAGUCAGACCUGGCCUCCUACACAGUGACGACAUCAGUCAGCAGCAGCAAUGUGGCCUCCCGGGCGAAGAAGCUGCAGGAUGAGAUCACUUAUGGCCUCAAGAAGAAUGUAUAUGAGCAGCAGAAGUACUAUGGCAUGUCCAGCAGGGACUUGGUGGAUGAGGAGGACCGAGUCUACUCUGCCGGAAGCAGGACCCGCUCAUCUGGCUACGGGAUAGAAAAGUCAUCCAGCCGUGACGUGAGCAGCCGGAGCAAGUCCUAUGACAGGGAGAGCGUGGAGCGGUCUCAGAAGGGCAGCUCCAAGCCUUCGUCCCUUAGCAUGAGUCAGAGCCGCGGGAGGACUCCCGUUCGCACGCAGGCCUCAGAAGAGGAGAGCCCAAUCAGCCCCUUGGGAAAGUCCAUGGGGGUGUCGCGCUCCUCUGGUGGCCCCGGCCCACAGUCCGGGGGCGACCCCUGCUCCCAGUUCUGUUCCAGCCACUCGUUGCCUGAUGUGCAAGAACACAUCAAAGAUGUGCCAAGGAAUCACUCUUACAAGCACGAGGAAGGUUACGUCAUGGACGAUUCCCAUUGUGUUGUUUCAGACAGCGAAGCCUAUCAUUUGGGUCAGGAGGAGACAGACUGGUUUGAUAAGCCAAGGGAAGCGCGGUCAGAGAGGGUAAGGCACUACGGUGGCCACUCUUCCUCGCAGAAGAGACCCCCAGUAAAACACACCUACCACGAUUACGACGAGCCUCCAGACGAAGACCUGUGGCAGCACGAUGAUUACCCGCCGCCGCAGCACUCCUCCUCCCGAGAGCACCGGCACCACGGGGAGUACGGGCGGCACGCGGCCUCCUCCCGCCACGCCAGCGACGAGCAGCCCCGGCGGUCGGCCAAGCAGCACCCGCGGGAGCAAGGCCGCCACGAGUCCCGCGGUCACGCGCAGCCAGCCUCCCAGAAGAAGGCUCAGCAGCCUGAGCCCCGAGCGCAGGCAGCCUACGGCCCCGGCUCCUCCGAGUACCCCCAGCAAUCCCGCCCGGCUGCUCACCACCACGGCGCCGAGACCCAGAAAUCUCAGAAGCCCUCGCAGCCGCACGGGCCGCCAUCCCAAGGGCAAAAAGCAGAGCCUCACCUGCAGCAGCCACAAGCCCGGCAGCAGCAGGGAGCUCAGCAGCUGGCCCGGCAGCAGCCGCCGGCAGCCCGGCCGGCCGGCCAGCAGCCGGCAGGGCCGUCGCAGCCAGAGGCGAAGGGCAGGAUGCAGGGACCUCCUGCUUCUAGGCCAUCGCAGCAGCAGCCGAGCCCAGCCCCGGCUCCGGGGAAGCCCCCGGCCACGCUUCAUGCACAACCAGGCGGUCACCAAGCAACACCGCCAAAAGCGGAGCAGAUGGACACAUCCAAGCCCACAGCGAAAGUGCCACAGCAACAGGGGAGAACGCCGGUGGCUCAGCCUCUGGGAGCAGCAGGAGCAGACAGCAAGGUUGGUCAGAAGGCAGCUGGGCCGCGUCCUCCUGCCGGCACAGUGGCUGGACAGCCUGGGAUGGAAGGAGAGAGCGUUUUCUCCAAAAUCCUGCCAGGAGGGGCAGCAGAACAAGCAGGCAAACUGACUGAAGCGGUGUCGGCUUUUGGCAAGAAAUUCACUUCGUUCUGGUGAGAGAACGGCACAAGGAGUUUGGGAAGCGAGUGGAGAUCUAGUCAUUGCAAGUGGAAAAACCUAUGAAGAACCCAGUGAAUUCAGCAUGCAGCGCUGGACUCUGAGUAUAACACUUUUGAAAGCAGGGCAAUCCCCUGGAUGCUGGAUCUCAUGGAGCAAACAGUGGCUGAACCGGGGGCCCGGCAGAUGACCCAGAGCACUUGCCCUCCACGUCUGGCAAGCAGAG